AUGGGGAAUUCAUUGAAUAGAAAUUCUCACAAACCGGCGAAUAACUAUGAGGAGAUCUAUGAGAUCAACGAGAAUGAAAAGGAGAGAAGACAUCUCGCUCAUAAUAUUCUACGAGAGAUUUUUGGAGGUAAUUUCUCGGCACCUGUAAGAAACAUCUUACGAACAAGAAGAGCACGAGUUUUGGAAGUCGGAUGCGGUCCUGGUACCUGGGUCUUAGAAAUGUCGUCCGACUACAGGGGGAAUAGUUUUAUCGGAUUGGAUAUGCUCUCCAUGUUUCCCGAGACGAAGCCUUAUUGCGUCGAAUUCGUUGUUGGUGAUGUUCUAAAAGGUCUGUCAUAUCCCGACGAGACGUUUGAUUAUGUAUUCAUGAGGUUUCUAUGUAUUGAAUUUUCGGAAGUUCAAUGGAAAAAUUACGUCAUCCCGGAAUUGAUUCGCGUUCUAAAACCAAAUGGUUGGCUUGAGCUGAUGGAAGCCGACCUUAAUAUAGGUUCCGGGGGGCCUGAGACUACGAGAUUUUUCAAUAUUGUGAGUGCCUUCCAAUCAAAAGGAAUAAGCCCCUCAGUUGUUUUUCGACUUCCUGAAUUCAUGCAAGAAAUUGGUCUCGAAAACGUUCAGACCGUGAGGAGGUAUUUUCCGUUAGGAAGGUCCUGGGGCGGAAGAUUGGGCGAGUGCGGCGAGGAAUACUUACGCGAAUCUCUCGCCAAGCCUCUCGAAAAAUUUGGGAAAGCCUUAAAUGUCAAGUCCAAAGAUCGUGAAAGAAUGUUAGAAUU